AUGGCUACCAAGAAUAACCAGACCGUUACGGUCCUUCAUCGAAGCUAUUCCCUGUUUGAGAAUUUCUCUACUUCGUUCGCGGCACUGUACUUUGUUGGUGGUGUUCGAGUCACCUUCACGACUGGCAUCGCAGCCGGGGGCCCAUUAGCAUAUUGGACAAGCUACAUCGUCACUUGUGUGUUCACAUUCAUCACUGCAGCAGUCAUUGCCGAAGUCUGUUCCGCUGCUCCGACUGCAGGUUCAAUCUACCUCUGGGCUGCAGAGGCCGGGGGCCGCCGAUAUGGAGGACUGUUUGGAUUCAUCGUCGCCUGGUGGAGUACAACCGCGUGGACGACAUUCUGUGCUAGUAAUACUCAGUCUGCAGUAAACUAUAUGCUCUCGGAGUUGUCCGUUUUCAAUGUCGACUUUCCCACAGAUACCAACAAUAUAAAAUUCCGUGCCGUUCAAUGGAUCUGCACUGAAGUGCUCUUAGGCUUGGCAGCCUGGAUAAAUUUCGCUCCCCCUCGAGUAUUCAGAUUUGUUUUCUGGCUUUCCACCGGCGCCGUGUUCUUAGACUUCAUCCUCAAUGUCAUAUGGCUCCCAGUUGGUGCCAGCGAGACCUAUGGACUACGGACCGCACAUGAAGCAUUCAUGACUACUUACAACGGCACCGGGGCACCCGCUGGCUGGAACUGGUGUCUUUCUUAUCUAGCGACCGCAGGGGUUCUCAUUGGUUUCGAUGCGUCUGGCCACGUCGCCGAAGAAACCAAAAACGCUACUCUCAAUGCAGCCAAAGGAAUCUUCUGGAGUACGGUGGUCAGCGGUGUGUUUGGCUUUACGGCCGUUAUAUUAUUCCUCUUCACGUCGCCACCCAUCGACAUCCUAUUCUCCUACGACGCCCCCCAACCAUUCGUCCCCCUCUACGCCGCUGUUCUCGGCCGGGGAGGCCACAUCAUUAUGAACGUCCUCUCAGUCGUAGCCCUAUGGCUAAACACCGCCAUCGCCAUCACCGCCGCCUCACGACUCGUCUUCGCCGUGUCCCGCGACGGCGUCCUCCCACUAUCUACCUGGGUCUCCCGCGUCUCCGAAACCGGCCAACCCCGCAACGCCGUCCUCGUCGUCUGGAUCGUCUCUGCCAUCAUCACCUGCACGAUUCUCCCUUCCGGUGUGGCGUUCACCUCGCUCGUUUCAGCCGCUGGUGUUCCCUCCGCCGCAGCGUACGGCUUAAUCUGUCUGGGUAGAUUAACACUCACGAGAAAUGAAAAGCUCGAUGCGAAAUGGUCGUUGGGGAAAUGGAGUAAACCGUUUCAGGUUGUUGCGUUGGUGUGGAAUACUUGGGUCGUGGCGGUGUUGUUUUCGCCGUACGUGUUUCCGGUUACGGCGGGUACGCUUAAUUAUGCGCCUAUUACUAUUAUGGCUAUCGUGACGGUUUUCGCGCUGGUUUCUUGGUUUGUGACUCCGGCGGAUGCGUGGUUGAGGCAGGGGAUGGUCACGGGGGAUGAAUGA